CCAAUUAGAAGGUAAAAACAGUUCUUGUUGCACAACGCUACAUUAUUCAUUCAAAGAAUUUGAAAGAAUUGAUGGUGAUGAACAUGACGAGUGUUCCUAUUUUUCUAACCCUGUUCGCCAUGUCUCAAGCUGCAAAUCCUACAGAGAACUGUAAGGAAAUACUGCAAGAUUUUCUGGCAGGCCGGAUUUCGUCUGCCGUUGGAACGCGUCAAUCAAGAAAUAUGAAUCGUGCAUUCCAGAACUUUACUCAUGCCAUGAGGGUUUCUAUGGCAGAAUUUAAAGAAAAGACAGAAGCUGAUAUACGAAUGAUUAAAGAAAAUAAACAUGGAAACGGUGGCGUUGUUUUCACAAGAUGGGGAAAAAAGACUUGUCCUUCUAACGCUGAACUGGUUCACUCUGGUUAUGUUGGAGGAUCACUUUACAACAAUCGGGGAGCAGCUGUGGAACCCCUGUGCUUACCCCGGGAACCUGAGUGGGGGGUCUAUAGAGAUGGGACUGAUGGCCAGAAAGCCUACAUAUAUGGCGCGGAAUAUCAAACAAACACAAUAUCUGGAUACAUGCGCAAUUUUCAUGAUCAUGAUGUCCCAUGUGCUGUUUGCCUGAUACCAAAGAAAUCAAUUGUAAAGAUGUUUCCUGCAAAAAAGACCUGUUACGAGGGAUGGACGUUGGAAUACAAAGGUUACCUGAUGGCGGGGUAUUAUAACCAUCCAGCUGCCACAACAUAUACCUGUGUUGACGAGCAUCCAGACACCAUACAUGGGGGUCGGAAAAAUGAAAAUGGUUACCUGUUCUAUCAAGUGGAGGCUAUAUGUGGAUCCCUGAAGUGUCCACCAUACGUGAGGGGAAGGGAACUUAUUAUGGUUGUACCUGUGUUACCCAUGAUUCUGUUUAUAGCACUUGCUGGAACAAAUGAUGCCAGUAGUAAGGUCAUACUAAAGGGUACAAAUAAGAGUAGCAUUGUUUACACAAGAUGGGGGAAGAGGACAUGUCCUACGAAUGUCGAGGUUGUUCUCUCUGGCUUUACUGGUGGAUCAAGGUAUGACCACGUGGGAGCAGCAGUUGAGCCUCUCUGUUUACCCAGAGAUCCGGAGUGGGGGGUUUACAAGGAUGGAAUUAAUGGAAACAAAGCUUACGUAUUUGGCGCGGAAUAUGAGACAAACACAUCUCCUGGCAAAUUGCCAACGCUUUUUGAACAAGACAUCCCCUGUGCUGUUUGCCUUCUUCGAAAUAGAUCCGUCGUCAAAAUGUUCCCAGCAAGAAAGACGUGUUACAAAGGAUGGAAGUUGGAGUACCAUGGUUACUUAAUGGCAGGAUAUUAUAACCAUCCAGCUGCUACAAUGUACACUUGUGUUGAUGGCGAUCCAGACACCCUACACGGUGGUCACGCCAAUAAAAAUGGUAAACUAUUCUAUUCCGUAGAGGCUCGUUGUGGCUCCUUGAAGUGUCCACCCUAUGUGCAAGGAAGAGAACUGGUAUGCGCUGUUUGCUCUAAAGAAUAAACGUAUUUG